AACUUGCUGCAAUGGCCAGUAUCCUACCUGCCUUGAUUUGUGCUUCUGAGAAAUCAGCAAACAUUGCUCGAGCUUGUAAACGGGAAGAAGAACUGUUCCAGCUUCUGAUUGAAGAAAAAAAAGGACCAGAUAAAAAUAAGAAGUUUGUGCAAGAUUUCAAGACUCUGGCAGAUGUCAUCAUUCAAGAAGUGAUUAAGAAUGAUAUUGCAGAAAAGUUUCCAGAAGUUGCACCUCACAUCGCUGGAGAGGAAUCCAACAAAUUUGAAAAUGGUUUGGGUGAAACCAUUACUGUGAAAGUCUGCAAAACAGAACAAGAAACAGCAGAAUUGCUGGGUAAAGUGCUAGAUGGGAAUCUGAAAGCUGCUGGCCUUUUGGCCAAGUGUAUCCACGAAAGUGUUUGCAUUGAUGACCCAGACUUGCAGAAGCUAACAAUAGACAUUCCAAUUGACGCCAUAGGGAUAUGGGUUGAUCCUAUUGAUUCAACUAAUCAGUACAUCAAGGGACAAUUUGAAGAUAAAUUCAAAGAUGGUAUCCACACACAUGGUCUAAAAUCUGCUGCUGUACUUAUUGGUGUCUUUGAUAGAAACUCGGGGCAGCCAAUCAUGGGAGUUAUUAACAUACCAUUUCAUGAAGUGGACCCCAAUUUAAGGUGGCAGGGGAAAUAUUACUGGGGUAUUUCCUAUAAAGACAUCAAUAUCUACUCUGUACCAAAGCAGAAUCCCGCACACAACCAACUCUCAAUUGUCAUGAGCUCAAGUGAGAAGGAAAGCAUCAAGAAGGCAUUAGCUCCUCUCUGUGGUGAAAGAAUGUACUAUGCUUGUGGGGCAGGCUACAAAGGCUUGUGCACUAUCCUUGGUUUAGUAGAUGCCUAUGUUGUCACAGAAGACACAACUUUUAAGUGGGAUACUUGUGCCCCUCAUGCCAUUUUGACAUCUUUGGGAGGGGGUUUUGUGAACCUUGCCAAAACCCUCUCUCAGCCAAAAGAUGGAGACCGUGGUGGCUUCCCUGAGCUGCAGUACGCGAGGCCAGAUCAAGGGGCAAAACAAUCAGACAAAUGGGCCAACAUAGGUGGCUUUGUAGCUUACAGGUCCAGAGAGCAGUUAGAGGCAAUUAUUAAUGCACUCAGUUUAACUGCAGAAAAUACCACCUCAAGAUGAAAAUUUGCCUCUCAGUGCCUUUUUCUUUAAAAAAAAAGUCUCACUGUACUGCCCUUAUCCCAUUUGUAAAAAGUAAUUUGUAUACUAUACAAAAUUAUGAGAUUUUUCUAGUCAACCUGUUCAGAGAUGUUAUGACACACAUAUGGAGCAGGUGCAAUUUGAAUCUGGACCUCCUCGUUCAGAGAUAGGGACAGUAUCAUUACGCCACAUACCAAAUUAUUUUAAAACAUAAACAAUAAAAAAAACGUGGGCACUGUUUCCAUGACUCAUUGUCUUGAAAUCUCAGACAAGAGAAAGAAAUUAUUGUAUGGUAACUAAGGUCUAUUGCUAAUUUUUAGUUAAACUAUUUGUAUAUGAUUUUAUUUUUCAAAUCUCCAACAGACGUAUAAAAAGCUAUCGAGGAAAGUGAAAUUCUAGCUGCUGGAGGUUUUCUUAAUUCAAUUAAUUAAAAAUGCUCCCUUUGAUCUCUUACCUGUAAUUCUGUCAAAGCAGGUAUACUUGGCAAAAGAAAACAUUCAUCAGUUGCCCAUAUUACCAACAAUGAACAUUUGAUUGCAUGUGUCAUAAUUUCACAGCUAUGUAUUUUAAUUCCAGUUUUCUCCCCAUCUCUCGUGAAGACUCAAAUGGCCAUUCUUCAAAUGAUUGUUGACAAUUUAUCGACCACAAGAUCAUAGCAAAGCUUAAAUGUACAAUGCUUCAUGUUUGCGUAAGAGGAGGGAAAUGCUGAGUAGUGAUUAGAAUUUGGUGGGCAGCUAAUUCUUCCUAAAAGAUAGACAGCAAGGCCAAUCUCAUUGUGUCUAUCUUAUUUUAUGGGAUAGGGAUAUAUUAAUUCCCACUAAUCUAAUUGUUGUUGCUUCAAGUUGGUACCAGUCAUUGGUGAAAAUGAAAUAUUCAAAUGGUCUUUUCACAGAUUAGCUCUCUCAAAAUACUGAAAUGGAAUCUGAGUAAUACAACCAAACAAAUCUGGAUUAGUUGUAAAGUUGUUUGCUGUCAAAUGUUUUAUGAACGAUUUUAGCUCAUUUGUCAAAACAAAUUUAACUGUCUUACUGCUUUUUUUAAAAAGAGAAUUAAAGAUUAGAUGUACAACA